CCUCUCUCCAACCACUCGACAGCGACAGCAUCUUUAUACCGUUUGCCUUCAGUUGAGGACUGAUUGCCGAACGCUCGCCUUAGACCAGAGAACCGUCAUCUUGAAAACCCUAGCCAUCUUUUCGGAGCCUCCAGAAGACUGUAAGACAUUUUUCCGGCCUCAUGUCUCCUCCUCAGAGACAACGUCGGGACUUCAACAAAUUUCCCACUACUCAGCUUUUCUUCUUGGCCCUCGUACGAGUUGCCGAGCCGAUCGCUCUUACCUCCAUCUUUCCGUAUGCCUGGAAACUUGUGCUCGACUUCAAUGUAACUGAUCGCGCAAAUGCAUCUUUCUAUGCCGGCUUGCUGAUCUCAGCUUUUGCUCUUGCUGAAUCUUUGACAGGAUUAUACUGGGGAGGUCUCUCGGACCGCAUCGGGCGUAAGCCUGUUUUGCUUCUGGGAAGUGCCGGCACAAUGCUCUCUCUGCUCUUAGUUGGUGUUUCCACUAAUUUCUGGAUGGCAUUGGCUGGGCGCGCAAUUGGAGGCUUCCUGAACGGCAACAUUGGAGUUAUUCAGACAAUGGUUGGAGAGCUCACUGUCAACCCCAAGCACGAACCUCGUGCAUACUCUGUUAUGCCUUUCGUGUGGUCGAUCGGUACAAUCAUUGGUCCUUCGAUUGGUGGCAUCUUCUCAGCACCUGCAGACAACUUCCCCGAUGUGUUCUCACCCCAUGGAGUGUUUGCGAAGUUUCCCUACCUGCUUCCUAACCUCAUCUGUGCAGCCUUGAUGCUGUUCUCAAUUGUCUGCGGAUUCUUUUUCCUUGAGGAGACUCACCCUGACAUGCAGCCUUGGAGUACUGAAGACGAUCUCCAGCACACUGAAGCCGAAACUCCACUUUUCGCUGCUCAGGCUGGUACCACCACGGCCGCGGUCGAUUUGCAUCAGGAGUGGAACGUUUUGCCCGACGGCACAGAUGCGCCCAAGGAAGCCGAGCCCCAAAACCAAGUCGUCUUCACGAAGCGUGUAGUCAUGCUGAUCAUCGCUCUCGGCAUCUUUACUUAUCACUCAAUGUCCUACGACCACUUGUUGCCAAUCUUUUUCCAGGACUCGCGCGUGGAAAGCAGAGCUCACGGAAACAAGAUGAAUUCAAUGGCAGGAGGCCUUGGUCUGAGCAUUCAAGAUGUAGGCGUUGUGAUGAGCGUGAAUGGCUUAAUUGCUCUGGGUGUCCAAGCAAUCAUCUUCCCUCUAGCUGCUGCAUGGCUGGGUGUGUGGAAGCUGUUCAUCGUCACCACUGUUUUGCACCCCAUUGCCUACGUUGUGGUCCCUUACCUGGUCCUUCUUCCCGAAGAGUGGCUCUACCCAGGGAUCUACGCUUGCUUGACUAUCCGCAACAUUUUUGCCAUUCUCGUCUAUCCUGUCAUUUUGAUUCUGCUCAAGGAAGCGGCGCCCGCACCCUCGUGCCUGGGUAAGAUCAACGGAUUGGCUGCUAGUACUGGUGCUGCGUGCCGUACUCUCGCAUCCCCUAUUGCAGGUAUUCUUUACGGCAUUGGUAUCGAGAUCGAUUUUACCGCUCUUGCGUGGUGGGUCAGCGGUGCAGUCGCAAUCCUCGGCGCCGUCCAAGUCUUCUUCAUCAACCGCAAGAAGAGCAGUGAAUGGCAUCAAGUCCGCGCUCGCGCACCCUGCCGCUUCAUGCCUCCCGAGGAACACAGACAGGAAAUCGUGCACAUUGUCGUGCAAGAUGAGGAAGAGCAGGAACUCGAAGCCGACGAACAGCGCAGACUGUUGGCUUGA